CGCCACCAGGAAGCAUUAGUGGCAAAACCGUACACAUCUCUGCAGCGACAGCAAGGUAUUAAUACGAACUUAUUCUUACUGUUGUUAAAUUCUAAAUUUGAAUCAUUACAAUGGAAAACGACAAUGUACAACUUGUUGCUUCAAAUAAAGACCACGCCUCCUACAAUAUGCACACUGUUGUUACAACAGAUGUGACUGUAGUUAGAACGAACCAUUACAGUUUCCUCGGAAUCGGUAUCUUUGUGACGUUCUGUUGCUGUUGCAUGUUGCCAUUUGGACUCAUCGGAAUUAUCUACAGUGUUGAUAGUUCAAGUAGGUUUGACCGUGGAGAUUUUACUGGAGCCCUGUCCUCUGCUAGUAAAGCGAAAAUAUGGUCAAUCGCUGGCUUGUUGAUUGGUAUGGUAAUCAUUGGCCUCAACAUAUUGGUGAUAGUACUAAAUAUCAACGCAUAAUCUGAUUCAUAAAGAUUAGAACAUCGUGCGGCAGUCUAUAAUAUCAUGGAGGUUUAUACGUCCCGAUAUGUUACAAUAUAAAGAAAUAAAUCAAAAUUGUAAUGAAUUUUUCUAAAAAUUUACUGUUAAACAAGCAAAGUAGAUUAGUCGAUGACAAUUAUAGUCAAAUGUACAUAUUGUAAGGAACUGACGAUGUCUUUAAGUCAUAGAACAAAGAGCACAAAAUUGCAAGAGGUCCGACAGUCGAGGUUUCCUUGAAACGGAUCUUCUGUAGUACUACCGCACACUAUAUUGGACACCCGCGCACUGUGUUAAAGUCAGACUCCGGAGGAAAACAAUUUUUUGAUAUGUUGUAGAACUGAUUUUUCCAAGACAGAAAAAAGUUGUUUGACGAAAAACUGGGGAACGGUGAACGAGCUACAGAUUUUUGAAUAUUU